AUUUUAAAUGCAGACCAGAUGCAGACACUUCAGCGUUGCUUUUAUUUCUUAUUUCUAAGACCGGAAGUUUGACUGUUCCUCCUGUGACAGACUUUGCGCUCCUUACAGGUACUGUCCAACUGAGGCCAUUCACGAACGCGUUUACACCUGACUUUGUGCGUAAGGGGAUCGCCCUCACAGGCCCCGUUUUCCGCGUUUUUCUUUAAUUAUUUAUUUCCGUGUAAACUGCAGUCUUGAUAUAAAAACAUUGAUGGUGGAUAAUUUAGCCCGGCGCUGAGGGUCCCGGGGAGAAUAAAGGAUUUUAAAGUCUUCUCGCACUUCAGUCUGAAUCCAGAGACAUGGCUCGACCACGGCCGCGGGAAUACAAGGCAGGAGAUGUGGUUUUCGCUAAGAUGAAGGGAUACCCGCACUGGCCAGCGAGGAUUGAUGAGCUUCCAGAGGGAGCUGUCAAACCACCUGCCAACAAGUAUCCCAUCUUCUUCUUUGGGACCCACGAAACUGCAUUUUUAGGCACCAAGGAUCUUCUGCCGUACAAGGAGUAUAAGGACAAAUUUGGCAAGUCCAACAAGAGGAAAGGCUUCAAUGAGGGCCUGUGGGAGAUCGAGAACAACCCCAGAGUCAAGUUCACAGGCUAUCAGGCCAUCCAGCAACAGAGUUCAUCAGAGACAGAAGAGGGGGGGAACACUGCUGAUGGCAGCAGUGAGGGCGAGGAGGGUGACUCUGUUGAGGAGGAAGAUGACAAGAAAAAGCUGAAGGGAGAUAAGACCGGAUCCAAACGGAAAAAAACAGCCACCUCCAAGUCCUCCAAGCUGUCAAGGAUCUCAUCUGCAGAGGAUGACCUGCAGAAGGACAGGAAAGAUGAAGACCAGAAGAGCGGCUCAGAGGGAGAAGACCCUGACAACGACAUCAUCCAAAAUACCACCGACAGUAAGAACCAGCUGCUCAUAGAAGAACAUUAAGAAAAGAAAGCAUGAAAGGGAAAUCAUUCUUUGUAGCUGUGAUGUUGGAAAGGUGAACCCACAACAUGAUUUCUCAUCAGCACCAUCUACUGACUGCCAUUGUCACCUCCUCUUCUUUGUUGGACUGAAAUUUUCGGUGGAGUUUUCCCACCCCUGUCUUAAAGGCUCAGUGUGUAGAAUUGAGUGACAUCGAGUGGUGAAGUUUCAUGUUGCAGCUGAAUCCCCCUCACCUCACCCUCCCCUUCCAAACAUGACAGAGAACCUGUGGUAGCCUUCAGUUGUCAUACAAACUCAAAAGUUGUUUAGUUUGUCUAGUUUGGGCUACUGUGAAAAACAUGGCGGCCUCCAUAGAGAGGACCAAUCCAAUGUAAAUAUAAAGUAGUUAAAUAUAAAGGGCCUAUUCUAGUGUAAAGAGAACAACAAUUAGUACAAUUUAGAUUAAACAAAAUAGUGAAAACAACACUAGGAUUAUUUUAUAUUCAAUUUCUGCCAAUAGAUCCCUUUCAACAAAAUCUUACACACUGAACCUAGGAUUACUGGAAAUGUUUAUUAGCAAAAUUUGGAUGGUAUGCUAACCUAUGUCAAUAAAUACUGACGGUAACACAGCUUUGAUAGCUUAAGACUAAUACUAUUUGUUGAUUUAGAAAAAUCUCCUUAUUAACCUUAACUUCAAAUUAUAACAUGAGAACUUUGUGGUAAUGCAGUUACAUUUCUAAGACAAUAUUUGGCCACUUGCAUUAUUAAAGUCAAUAAAGCUCCAACAUUCACGAACUAGAUGUGAGCUAUUUUAACCUAAUUUCAUCCACAGCUCUGUCAGUCCUUACCUGAUUUAGUUCUAUGGAACAGUAAAAAAGAUAACUUGAUUAUUUAUUACAGUGAUUCGUAUAGAAAAUUGACUUAUUAUAUCUGCACAGGUCAGCUUGACAGUAGUUUGUGGGGUCUGUGUCACAGUAAACAACACAGUAAUUGCGCAUCUUAAUUCUGUAUAUGAGAUAAUAUUAUAGCAUAACGACACUGCAUGUCAUAUGUAGGUCAGAUAUAAGGAGGUUGAGGUGGUUCAUCUUCUUUCCAUUGCUCCAUUAAAUCACACAAUGUAGAUAGCCAUCAGUCAAUAUUUAUACUGGUGCAUACCUGUCUGUAUUGUAUCCCUAAUGGUCACCUGUCACUGUGUACAAAAGCAUUUGGUAAGACUUCCAUAUAUAUAUACGCGUCUACUGUCUAUGAUAUAUGUUGGGAAUUGCGGUUUACUGAUCACUCUAGAUGUAGCUGGAAAUAGAUUUUUUACAUCGGUGUCAUGGGAUAGACUUCUGGAAUAGUAAAUAAUGGUUAAACAUUAUCCAUCACACUAUGCUACUCUUUAAUGUACCCAGAAAAAUAUGAAUGGAAAUACAUGGAUAGAUGUAUGAAGUGUUGUGCACAACUGGGUUACACAUUGUAACUCAAUAUUAACUAUAUAUGUAUAUUUAACUUUUGUUGUAGAAUAUAGGCCCACUAUUCUACUGGGACUGCGCUAGGUAACAGCUCAUCUUUUUAUGGAACAAGUGACACAUCUGUUCUUCUGUGUAUCUGUGGAAUAGAUCACUGUAUAUUUCAAAGCUUUUGUAGUGGCAUGCUCUGCUGUUGUACUCCACAUCAUUCUUUUAUGAAAGUGUCUAAAUCUGAUAUUUGUUGGUAUGUGAUUUACUUGGAGGUAAAAAUACACAAUCCACAUUUUUCUGUUGCCUUGUCUCGGUUUUUAAAGCUGACAGCUGACAACUGAACCACAGUUGUGAAGAUGAUUUUUUUUGAUGAUUGUGAACAACAUGCUGUGUGAUACUGCAUUGUAUAGUUGCCAAGCCUGUUAGAUUGAUCACACCAGUCUACUUUGACUUUCACUCUGUGCAAGUUGCCUUUAUUUUACUCCAACUAUUGUCAUGAGAUAUAGAUUUAUUUAUUUUUGAUGACUGUUGAAUGAGAAAACUUCUGUAUGUAAACUCAUGUUUUUUAUUCCCUUUAAACCUUUGUUAUGCUCCUUUUUGGAACAUGUUUUGCAUUUUCAAGGUUUGUAAUUUGCAGUAAACUGUUUUGCUGUUUAUGGAGGAGACUUUUUACAAAAUAAACUAAUUGGAAUGCCAA